AUGGAGCAUGAGGCCCUGAGGUCACGUGGUGAUUCAACCACAGCUUUUCAGACCGAGGGCGAAAUGCUUGACGAAACGGUAGGCGCCAGGGCUCUAGGGAAGUCCCUUCAAUCAGUUUAUGACCGUGUUUUAUUAGGCACAAACAUUGCCCCCACAUCCCUGGAUUCUUCGGUGGCCGCCCGGGCAGAGGUCGAAAGGAUUCCAAGGGAUGGACCCUUUGCAUUCCCCUUGAAGUGA